AUGGGAAGGGCUCCAUGUUGUGACAAGAGCAAGGUGAAAAAAGGUCCAUGGUCACCUGAAGAAGAUGCUAAGCUCAAGGAAUAUAUAGAGAAAAAUGGCACUGGUGGAAAUUGGAUUGCUCUUCCACACAAAGUUGGUUUGAGGAGGUGUGGAAAAAGCUGCAGGCUGAGAUGGUUGAAUUAUUUGAGACCAAAUAUCAAGCAUGGAGAAUUUUCAGAUGAUGAGGAUAGGAUUAUUUGCAGUCUCUUUGCUAGCAUUGGUAGCAGGUGGUCAAUAAUAGCAGCUCAAUUGCCAGGAAGAACAGACAAUGACAUUAAAAACUAUUGGAACACAAAGCUAAAAAAAAAGCUCAUGGCCACAGCCACCACUGUUCUCCCUAUCAACCAAUACCAUAGGAGGGCUCACCUUGCUACUGUGCACCCCACACCACCCAAUACCUCCCUCCUCCAAGAACCUUCACUGAUAAUCCCUCCCAAUCCCUACAGUCCCUUUUCCACUAUUUACGAGCCCGUGUCACCCAAUUUGAUCACCACCCCAAUCACGCCAAAUCCAUUCGGCCCGGACGGGUUUUCUGGCCCGGCCCGUGAUAGCUACGACGAGAAAAACAGCCUCCUUAUAUUCGGCGGGGAUCAUCAAGAUUUGUACGAGAGUAAUGGGAAGUUCUUGUACGGAUGCAAUUCUUCAUCGACGGCUGUGAAUGAAGGAUACGGUUUUGGGGAUAAUCCGCUGGAUUACAGCGGGAUUGAGGAGAUUAAGCAGCUUAUCAGCGCUAAUCCCGUUUGCGCUAAUCCUGCGAGCUUCUUCGUGGACGAGAUUAUCAAGGCCGAGGGAAAUUGA